AUGGAAGCUUCUCAAUCUGAGUCCUCUAUGGAUCAAUUAUCUAGUAUCUUCGCCGAUACUCCACAAGUUAUGGGAGAUGGCGCUCUCAUCAACACAUGUCAAGCCCUCGCUGGCAUCUGCGAUGCUCCCAUUCUUAUACAGAAUGAGUCUCUUCGAGGGGUUUCUAGAUCAGUGACCCCCAGCUUUCUGAAUUCGCUUGGCUGGAAGAGCCGCUUUUGUUGUUGCUUCAGAUUUGGAAAUAGGCGUGCUGCCUUUGAAAAGAAGAAUAAUGUUCUUCGCAAGAAGAACGAAGAAUUAGUCUCUGAAUCUGCUAAACUUCGGAAGAAGAAUGAAGAAGUAGAAGCUGAAUUUGAUGUUCUUCGCAAGAAGUAUGAAGAUCUAGAAGCUGAAUUUGCUGUACUUCGCAAUAAGAAUACACAACUAGAAAUUGACUCUUCUAGUCAGCAACUAAAGAUAUCCAAUCUUGAAAAUGCUAAUAAACAACUUUAUGAAAUUUAUGGUCUUUCUGAUGAGGCUACUCUUCUUCAUUCUUUCCCUGAUCCAAUAGAUGAUGAUACUCUUCUUGAGCGUCUCAAUAAUUCUUUGAAUAACACCUCUAAUGAUAGGAUAAAUUCUCUUCCAAUAGACGAACUCAGGUCUAAACUUCAGCUUUUAGAAAUUGACCACAGGUCUUGUCUUCAUAUGGCCAACAAAUUUAAACAAUUUUAUCACAAUUCUAAGAAAGAAAUCAAACUUUUGCAAGCCAGGAAUAAUAAUCUUAUAGACGAUAAAUAUCGUAUCACCAAGCAAGGUGCCCAAUCUUUAGCGGAUUUCCAUAAGAUUCUACUUGAUGUUCAAAUUGAGAGAGAUCGACUUGUUCGUGAAAAUAACGUUCUUGUUGAAAGGGAGAACCAAGUUCGUUCCCAUCUUCUUGUUAGUAAUGAGGAUGAAUUUUCCUGGGCUGCGAAGGUUCUUGAUGAUGCCAGGAAUAAUUUAAGUGUAGAUGUUAGCCUCCAUACCGAACAAACAACCCUGAUUAAAGACAUACUUUUUGAAAGAGAAGAGUCUGAAGGAAAGCUUCGCCAGAGAAUUGAAGAACUGGAAAACGAGAAAAAAGAACUUGCAAAGAAUCUUUCUUCUUGCAAUGAGAAAUGCUCCCGACUGAAGACUCAGCUGAAGAUCACUGUUGCGAACUUUAAUAAUGACAUUAUUGGUUUUCGCAAUGACACCAUUAAGAUGGUUUUUGAUGACCAUAAAAUUCCUCAUUCUACAUAUUCUUGCCUUUUAGAAGAAGUUACAAAGAAUACUCCUAACUUAGUCAUCUCUGAUAGUGAAUCCGAAGAUUCUGAGGAUGAUGAAGAAUAUGAUGAAGAUGAAGAAUUAGAGCAAUCUAGUGAUGAAUCCAUCGAGAAAUAG